AUGGCGCCAGUUCCACUUGUCGCCCUAGUGGCGUACCUCUCCCUCUCGCAACGCACAAGCAGCAAUGUGGUAGUCCACCCGUCACUCACAGACUUUUUCGUUGAACGCAUCGGGGAUCACAUCUUCACCUCGUUCGACAACGUGAUUAGCAAAAGGCUAUCCUCCCCCAGCUGUUCCAGUUCGGCAGACACGAGCUGCCACCUGGUCCACGCGGGGGCCAUCGGCUGUGCAGAUGAACAGACCGGUCAGGACACCAAACAGCAGACAAUCAAGAGGAGAGAGAAAAAAAAAGUUACCUAUAACGAACAGGACGACGAGAAAUAUACUUACCUGCACACUACGCCGUUCUAUGCGAUUCCAAGGGAGGGAACAUAUCCAACUAGUAGAGAAUGGGAAAAUGAGGAGGAUAAAAGCAGUGAAAAGGAACCUGCAAAGAACAAAGACGGAAGGAAUGUUUGGAUGAAGGGCUUCCACUUCUUGGUGGACGUAUUCACAUCCAUCACGAGGAAGAAGCAACAUCCAAUAAACACCUCGAAGAAGCUACCCCCAUCUUAUUUUAUCAAUUAUAGAAGAACGAACAUAGUAGGUGACACCAGUGAAUUCAGCAACAAACCUACCAAGUAUAAUUUUAAAGGCCUGUUCAUAGGGGAACACCUGAAUGACGCAAAAAACUUUUCUUUUCUUUCGCCACUUUCUUUAGCCAUUGAUGAAAUAGACUUCAACCAGAUCUUCAUGCAGGCGUGGGACGUGGACUCCUACUCGAGUUACGUCUUUUUGGAUAACGCGGAUUUGCUCGGGGUGGGGAAAGACAAGAAAAAGAAAGCCGAGGGUUCCCCUGGGGGGAAUGUCUCCGUUGGGAAGGAGGAAAAGAGCAGCAACCUCUCACAAGCAGCCGCAACUCCUACUUCGAGUAGAGCCGACGGAUGGGUGGGCAACAUCCAGUCUAUCCUGGACCUCUCCAACAACGGGAAGGAAGAACACCCCCCUAGCAAGCACCCCAGUGAGGGUGAACAUACCGAUGAGGUCACUCCCCCGCAGGUAAACGAAACAGACGCAGAAGAAAAAAAAAAACAUGUAACAGGAAAGCACGUCACACCAAACACCAUAAAGAAAAUUUUAAACAGGUUAAGGAUACCAUCCGAAACGAGCAACUAUGAUGGGAUGGUAAAAACAAACAGACAGAUGAAAGUGGGGAUAUGUACAAGGCAAAGUAGGGCAGGGUCCCUACUCCAAUUAGUACUAAAGAAGACACUAGUCAGUAGUUCCCCUUAUAGAAAACACCUUAAGGGGAAGGGGAAAAAACACACGGAUCAUCCCCCCUUCACGUGUGCAUUCUUCCGCUCGGUUAACCAUUCCGAGGUUGUCCUUUUUUUUGAAAAAAUUACAUCCCCCAAUGGGAUCACCCCAGGGAAGACAACCUGGAACGAACAAACACCGAACGGAAGGGACUUCACAAAAGAAGUAUUCAAACUGAAAAGUAGUGCAUUAUACAAAAAGUGGUCUAACAGAAACAACCACCACAGCAGAGGAUUCACCGAUAUUAUUUCUACGAACCCAUUAAAGAAUCUAACUGUGCAUGCAAAUUAUGAGUACAAAAAGAAUCUUUUCAAACUGCAUGCAGAUUACAAUGGCAUAAGUAAAAGCAUCAUGGUUGUGCGGAGUUAUGAGAAGAAGGCUCUCCUAAAGUUCAUCUUCCAGGUGGACAUAUGUUACAAUGAACUCUACGUGGAUAACGCCGUUCAGAUGCGCUACGUGAACUCGGACGUAAAGCCCAAUUUGAUCCUGAGGGGCAAGUGGAGUUGCUGUACUCUGGGGGGUCCGCACCAUUUUUACAACGACAGAAACAACAAGGUGGAUUCUCAACAGGUGGGUGGAGUAGACGAACCAGUAAGAGGUGACGGAGGAGGUGCACCUCCGCAUGAAUCCCCCCAACCGGAAACGGACACGGGAAAAAUCUACUGGCACGAACAGAUUCUGAACAACAAAGUAGAACCUGCGGAACGGUACAAGAGACUCAAAUCCUUAUCCUUGGAAAAUCCCCGUUUGGAGGAAAUUAGAGAGAGGACAUACUGGAUGGACAGGCAUGUGCGUAACAGUGGGGACGUCCUCCUAUUAUCCACGAAAGGAUCAGUGGAAUUCAAAACGCCGGUCGUUGUUAGCGAUCUGUAUGUGCGUCUGCACCCGAACCCGCUUUACAGAUCCGCCUGCGGGGGGAAGGUAAAUGCACAGGAGACCCUAUUGGAUGCAUGCAAACAGGGAAAGCCAUACAACAUGCACGUCCUUUUUAACUUCUACCUUAACAAAAGCAAGAAAUACUCAGCGGCGUUGGAGAUUUACGUAGAAGCCCUACACCAUGAAAACCGUCACAGAUACUACACCGUCCGACAGUCCCCCGGACAUACGAACCCACUAAACGUGAUGACUCUGCUCAAGGGGAACAUAAAUCAAUACAGAGUUAAUAAAAUAGAAAUAGAAUAUUCGUUCAAUCCUCACCCACUUGUACAACGAGAGGAAUCCAUUCACCACAGCAGGUUGCCCUUCCUCGUGUCAGUGUGUAAUAUAACGACGAACCAAAGUCAGAAGGUCUACAACUACGUGCCUACGUUUUUCGUGUCCAGGGGAGACUUCCUCCUGGUGCUCAGUCGAAUCGAGCCCAACGAGGGGGAAACACCAGACACAACUGGCACGACGGGCACGGGCAGCACCACCAGCGCGGAAAGGAACCACAACAACAAGCACAACAGAUUCAUCAGCAACACUUCCUUCUCAAUUUUCACCUCGCUGAGCGAACCCAUUUUCUGGGCGCACAUAAUGCAGCUCCGCUGCGGCGUUAGCCAAUGUCAUUAUGAUCAAACCACUGAACGAUUUUUGGUGACCACCUUGGGAGGACGACAGGAAGGGAUGACACAAGUUAGCCAAGAGGUAAUCCCUCAGAGACGGCUCUUCCAACCCAACGCACACAUCGUCCCAUCCAUAAACGGAAAAAACAUAGCAGAAGGAGAAGACGCUGAGAUGAGCGAAAUUCAGAAGGCGUAUCUAGACCUCCUAGAGAGGGGGCAACCAAGUGAGUCGCAACAACCAAGUGGCCGAAUGGGCGAGACGAACCAGACGACCACCCCCAAUGCAGCCAAUACGGCCAAUGCGGCCAAUGCGGCCAGUGAACCCAGACCCCCCCAACUUACCCCACCACGCAAAGAGCAGAUCGUGGCUUACGACAUGACCAACAUGCUCAACCUCGAGCACACCCAGAAGAGGUAUAUCAUCCCCCCGUACCGAAAGGGAAUAUACAUAUGUCUGGAAAGUAAAAGGAACCAAUUAGUGUAUGACCCGAAUGACUACCUGUUCUACCGGAAGAGAAGCGAAAAGAUCAAUGUAGGUAACGACACUAGAGAUGCUAUGCCAGCCAUGUGGAUCUACUCAGCUCUCCUACCAACAGAAAGUGCCCUUCUGGACCUCUCCUUCCUCACGAAAAAUAAGUUUACCCUGAAGAUGGUCCAAACGAAUGACACCAAAGUUUACUUCAAAAACAUCAUACCGUUGACUCGUUACGAGGAUUAUACGAAUAUAGAAAAACACUACAGCGAGAACGUCAUAAAAAUCAGCUUCAUCGACUUAAAGCAGAAUGGGUUCAUGUCUGACCUGCUGGGCCAAACUAUUGACAGCCAACUUUACAGGGCCAAGGUGAUCGAAUUUCUUAAGAGCAAGUUCAGCACAGUCGUGCAGUUCGCUUCGGAGGACAUGGGGAGCUAA